UGUCGAGCGAUAGUCGGCCGGCACAGCUCGCGCCCGGGCGGGAAGGAUUGUGACCAACAUACCCUUCUCAAGAUGGCGGCCCACCUCGGGAACGUCUAGAGUGUUGUGCAGUGAUGUGAUGUGCAUCGGGAAGGAUGCAGCAGCAUGAGCGAGGGCUGUGGGGGGCCCGCACUCGGGCGGCCUAGCGGGCCCCGGCAAUCGGCCCCCGGGGGCGUUCGGAGCCGCGCGGGGGGGCACUCCGGCCGCCCGCAGCGAUGCUCCCGGCUCCAGUAGCUGCCGACUACCGAGCCGCAGCCGCAGCCGCCACCGCGCCCUGCCCCGCAGAAUGCCCCGGGCCCCGCCGGGCCUGUCGCUGCUCCUGAUGGCCGCCCUGGCGUUCGCCACCCACCACCAUCCGCCGUCGUCACAGCAGCAGACGCCGCCGCUCGAAACCAUCAACCCCUGGUUGUCGGCGUGCGACCUGCAGCCCGCCAGCGCGACCGACUUGAAGGGCGCGUGUUCCGCCAUGUGGGGCCCCGGGCCCCGCUGUCCGCCGCCCUGCACCCAAUACAACUCCACAACUCAGUGCCUUUUUUACAUGAAUGACUCGCACAAAGAGAAGGUGUGCGGCCGCGGUUUCAGUCCCGAGCGCAGGCGGGACGAGCUGAAAAAACUCCGGAUGCGUCACUGCUGCGAGCACACCGCGAUCUCGGCCCUCCCCGAGAGGGUCCUUCAGGGCGGCCAGGACUGCCUUCACCUGCUGGACGGCCUGCUGGAGGUGGACGCGUUGGCGGCUCGACUCACCUGCGAAUUCGCCGGAAUUUUGUACCGCUACGACUGCACGCAAAAGUAUUCUAUAAAGCACCGAUGCGAAGACUGCAAGGUAAUAAUAGCAAUAAACCAUCAUCCCCAAUCCAACAUCCCAAUCAUCAAAAAAUUCAAGCAACAAAUCCCUUCUUUGUCAUCUCCCCCUCACUAUACCACCGUCAUCUUUAUUUUUCCCACUCGCUCCCUCCUCAUUCAUGUUCAUUCAUCCCGACAACUUAAUCCCAUCUCCUUCAAAGCAUCCCCCUUCGAAAACAUUUGA